CAGGCAAGUGGCCAUGGUCGCCCGCCAUUGUCGCCAUCGAUCAAGCGAGGCUUCGACGGCCCGUCCCAUGCGUUACUUCGUACCAGAAUAGGAGCCUGCUCGCUGAAUGGUACUCCGCGGACCGAAGAGUAACCUUACGUGUUAAGCUCAGCGUGCCGCGGAGACGCAUGUGACCACUGCAUCCGUCAGCAUGGGCAUGGCCGCAGCCAUGGGUAAGACUGCAGCCACAGGCGGCCGCGCAUGGGCGUGACAGUCAAUAAAGCUACAUAAGCUGCGUGCGGCGUGAUGAGCUCAGCUCCACGACCCACUCACGACUCGCCAUGCGCAUCCUCCUUCUCAGUUUGCUGGCGUUUGCCACCGCCCAGGUGGACACCAAUUCGAACGUUCCCCGCGACGGUAUGGAAGGCCAGCCGCCCCAGCUGCCUAUGCGCGACAUUGCGGCCAACGUGAUCCGGGAUGCAAGUGCCCAGCUAACCACCCGCGCCGUCGAGAAGCGCGACGCCUCCGGCCGGUGCCCCGCCGGCCAAACGCCCGUCCCCAACGGCGUGCCGUCUACGCCCAACGGCUGCGGUCCCGAGAAGUUCGAAGGCCUCGUCCCCGAGCUCUGGUUCAACGCCUGCUGCGGUCAGCACGAUAUCUGCUACGGCGACUGCCCACGCAGCAAGGCCGAGUGCGACAGCGCGUUCCUGACAUGCAUGAACGCGGCUUGUGACAAGGAGUUUCCCGGCACAUGGUCCGCCAAGCGUCUCGGGUGCCGUGCCAAGGCUGGCCUCUACUGGGGCGCGGUCAAGAUUGGGGGGCGUAGCUCGUUCGAGGGCGGCACAGAGGAUCACUGUACGUGUGUUGCGGCGUGAUGUAUGUUGUAGUGGAUGGAGUAAUGCUGCGCGGCGCAGUGCGAAAA